UAAAAAAAAAAAAAACUAUGACAAAAAGUAGCGUCAUGUAAUAUUGAUGAAUCCGGAGUUGAUGCCUUGUGUGAACGCAGACGGGCGAAGAAGCGCGCGUUGAGCGGAGCCGUGUGUGAUUUCCAGCUCCAGUCCUGCUUGGCAGCACGAUGCGCGACGGAGACGGACCGGGGGCUGACAAACCGGACCCUCUGCAAGAGAAGACGACGGAGAGGAAUCCCUGAAAGCUCAGCCGUCCAGGAAAUAUGGACAAAUGUUUUUUUUCUAUCCGAGUGCGGGCUGCUUUAUCCGUUUUCGUGCACAUCGCUGCCGUGUAGUGGACCUGGAUGCCGUGUGGGCGAUGCUGCUGCCACAAGGGAUACAUUGUGAAAUCGCGGGGAUGUUGUAGCAACCCGUUGCGGUGAAUAAAAAAAAAAAGAAAAAAAAAGAAAAGCCUUCACAUGAAAUAUCGAAGGGCAAAGGGAUCUAAGAAGACAUCCCCACCUGUUACAAGGAAAUCAGCUCUCGAGCGUGUGUAGUAUCAUGACGAUACCGUAGCCCCAGUUUCCUGCCACUGCAGCGCGGCUACUAUACCUCACCUCCAGCCUCACCUCCACUGAGAAAUAUGCUGAUACACCUACAGCCAGGAGAAGUGACAGCGCUAGUCUCCCGCCACCUAAAUCUGACAGCCAUGAUCCGGAGAGUCCCACUGCUUCAGCUCAGAUCAGGAAUCAACUUGCUGCUCGAUGGCUAAAUCUCAACACUCAAAGACCCGGGGGCCUUUCUGCUGAGAAUCCCUCACUGCAUAGUAGCACAUGGAUUUCAAGACUUCAAAUGAAGAGACAAAGACUGGGAUUUAUUUGAUGCAAGAAGGUAAUGAGGAGCCGUUUAAUAUUCGACUACACUUGGCCAAAGAUAUUCUGACCAUUCAAGAACAAGAUGUCAUCUGUGUUUCAGGAGAACCUUUUUAUUCAAGCGAGAGGACUGUAACGAUCAGGAGGCAGACGAUUGGAGGGUUUGGCUUGAGCAUCAAGGGCGGAGCAGAGCAUAAAAUCCCUGUUGUGAUAUCAAAGAUAUCAAAAGAACAGAAAGCUGAACUCUCUGGGCUGCUUUUUAUAGGAGACGGCAUCCUCCAGAUAAAUGGAAUAAACGUUAGAAGCUAUCGACAUGAGGAAGUGGUGCAGGUUUUGAGAAACGCUGGUGAAGAAGUGACUCUCACCGUGUCGUUCUUGAAGAAGACACCAGCAUUUCUGAAACUGCCCCUAUGUGAGGACUGCACAUGCAUCCCCAGUGACCAGAGCAGUGGGACCUCCUCUCCUCUGUGUGAUAGCGGUCUGCAUUUGAACUACCAUCCUAACAACACGGACACGCUGUCCUGCUCGUCCUGGCCCACGUCACCCGGGCUUCGCUGGGAGAAGAGAUGGGUGGACCUGCGCCUUAUUCCUCUGCUGCACUCGCGCCUGUCGCAGUACAUCCCCGGCUCUGACGUCUGCAGGAAAAAUGCUUUCCAGGUCAUUGCUGUGGAUGGAGUUUGCAGCGGAGUCAUACAGUUUCAGACAGCUGAAGACUGCUUGGACUGGCUACAGGCAAUAGCAAGCAACAUUUCCAGUCUCACCAAGCACAAUGUGAAGAAGAUUAACCGGAAUUUUCCAGUGAACCAGCAGAUCAUCUACAUGGGCUGGGUCGAUGAGAAGGAGCAGGACUCCGUUCAGGACCGAAUGUACUCACCAAAGUUCCUUGCUCUGAGGGGUUCCUCGCUCUUCAAGUUCACAGCACCUCCUGUGACAACAUGGGACUGGACCAGAGCAGAGAAAAGCUUUACCGUGUACGAGAUAAUGUGCAAGAUUUUGAAGGACAAUGACCUCGUGGACAAGAGGAAGCACUGCUUCAGUGUCCAGACAGAGAGCGGGGAGGACAUGUUCUUUAGCGUGGAGCUGGAGUGUGAGCUGCUGAUCUGGGAAAAGGCCUUUCAGAUGGCCACGUUCCUGGAGGUGGAGAGAAUACAGUGUAAAACGUACGCAUGUAUUAUGGAGAGCCACCUUAUGGGACUCACCAUUGACUUCAGCAUGGGCUUUGUCUGCUUUGAUGCCGCUUCAAAGGCAGUGCUGUGGAGAUAUAAAUUCUCCCAGCUGAAAGGAUCAUCUGAUGAUGGAAAGAGCAAAAUCAAGUUUUUAUUCCAAAAUCAAGACUCCAAAUCUAUUGAAGCAAAGGAGCUGGAGUUCUCAAACCUCUUCGCUGUGCUUCACUGCAUUCACGCUUUUUUCGCUGCCAAAGUUGCUUGCCUGGACCCAGUGUUUGUGGAGAGCCAAGGCACUGCAACGACCGCUGGGAUUCCUUCACUUUCCAGUCUCUCCUGCAAUUCACAGACUCCCAAACUGAAAUAUGCCACUUGACAGGUGCUACUUUCUCUGGACCUCUUGUAAGAAACGACACCGCACUUAAUCAUGAACGUGGCCUAACGUGCUGGAGGAAGACUGGACUGUGACUGCGUGGCGGACAGCUGCAGGCACUGCGAGGAAUAAAAGGCCUUGUUGUGAGUGCCACUCUUGAAAUCUGCCGAUUUCUAGCGCACUUUGGACCUUACUUUGAAACUAUACUUUAAAUACAUUCACAGAGACUUGAUGGACACAAAAUGUGUUGUUCAAAAAGGUUUUUAAGUUUUAAGUGACUUUAUCGUUCUCUUAAUCCUCAGACGUUCACAAAGCAUCACACAGAAAAAUGCUGUUCCUCUUCCAUUUGAUUCUGGUAAAGAUCAGGGGCCAGAUGCAUAAAACUUUUAUGACAAUUUAACCACUCAAAGUGUGUGGAGGCACACUUUUUGUAAGAUUUAUACAGCCAUGCAUGCACAUGGUUAUCUUUUAUCUUUGUAUUAGCAAUCAUCCUUCAUUAGAGUUCCACCCUUAUCUUUAGUCGUAAUUGGAUGUGAACACUCCUCUAAUUAGUCAUUUGCACAUAAAAAUACUUGUACCGGAACUAAAUAUGUAGAAAUGCUAAUGAAGAAAGAAACAGUUAAGAAUCAUCACAAUUUGCCUCAAUUUGAAAUUAAAGGGAAGGGAAGGGAAUUUAUUUGGUGAAAUCUGUCCGGAAUCACAAAACAGAAUGAAGAAAAAAAACUGUCGGAUGGAAAAUACAGAAGCAAUCAGCUUUAUGUGUAUAGAGAAAAAAAAAGGUAAUAGCUGGAUUAUGAAUAAAGAGGCAAAUGUGCAUCAGCUCACCAAGGACAUCAUCAGGUGUGCAGGCUGAGGACCAGCAGCCUCCGCUUUAUCUGCAGCUGAUGAACAGAUAGCUUGUUUAUUGGGUUAUGCAGCCUUGCGUGAAGAUGAUUAGGGGAGAGACACAGGUGUGCAGACGGAGCAUGUUUACUUAAACAGCCUUUGGAAACCUAAAGUGGUCCGUGAUCCAAAUAUUAUCUGGUGCCAGAAAUGACUGUUACCAAGGCCUUUCCACACCACCAGAACAGCGGCUACACCACUGUCUGAUACAGUUAUUUGUCGCGGCCACAAUCAAAUAAGUAAUAAGGACAACAACAAAAAACCACUAUUAAACUAUCAGAGUUAAAUUGUGUUUUGUUUUACGUCAAACCCUAUGACAUUCUUUUCCACGUCACCGUAUCGCAAAGUCAAAAUUGUGUACUAAAUAUCUGCUGGAAAAGGUGUAAGCAGUAUUUUUGAGUGGAUGCAUCAUUUAUGCAUCUCGCCCCUGGAGUUGAAGCAGAAGAGAUUUGAGGGGUUUUGUUGGGUUUUUUUUACCCACUUCAGAUCAUACAUCACUUAAACAUGCACAAGGAAAGUGUGAACAUUACAUAGGAUGACAGAGUGUACUACUAAAAUUCUAUCCAUAUUUUUUUCAAGAUAUUUCUGAGGUGAAAUCUUUAUUUUAUUUUCUUCAAGCUAAGUCCAGCUAAAAGCUAAACGCCAAGAUCACUUUGGUUUUAUAACGCAGGACUUUUUGAAUUUGAUUUUACAGUUUUCUGUCAGCAUUGGUGGACAAAAAUGAAAGCUUCAGAACAUUAUUUUCUUUUUAUUUAUAUGACAUAUAACUUGAAAAGGUCUGGAUUCAAAUUUGUCUUGGGUUAUGAUAGACAGACUUAAAAAAAUGCUGAUCAAGAAAGUCACUGUGGUCAUAAGGUUCCAAUAAUGACAGCUGGAUUUCAAACACCUCCCGUGACUUUUAUGGCAUUUUCCCCCAAAAUUAAUGAUGUAAAUAAGCACUGGGAUUCAAAUGAAGUCAGAGAUUCAUGAAUCAUGAUGAUAACUGAAGGAUUACUUGUUGGGAUUGUGGCAUUUGUUAAUUUGGUGUCAACCAGAGGUGAGUUGGUGCAUAGGUCAUAACCUUAUGCUCUCUUCAUAAUGGACCAAUUUAGAAAAAUAAAAUCAGCUCUGGUGUAUUUGUGGAAUAUUUUAUCCUUGUUUGACAUCACCUUGUAAAUAUGAUAUAAUUGGGAAAGGAGCAAUCAGGAGGAUUACAGAAAUAUGUAGCAUCCUGGCCUCUGAAGGUUUGAGAUACCCCUUUAAACUUCUCUCUGCUCUAAACUGUUUAUAAAUACUGCAGAGUGACAAUUUAACUAUCAUAUUCAUAAAGAGCUCAUGUCAAUUAGUGUAAUUAGUAAUGCUCUUACCUCUCAUUUACAGAGAGGAGUCCAAACAGAGAAGGCCGCUGGAUAAGUAAACACUAGAGAAUAGCAAAUUAAAUGGGGCCAGUAAAGUGCUCGGUACUCUGCAGAGAGUUGAGUUCGUACCAGAGUCUGAUGGAAACCGAUGGUAGUGCAGUCUAUGCAAAGAAAGUCUGUGUAAAGCUUUUGUGCUUUGCUGUGAUCUUGGUCGCAAAUACCCUUAUAACACUGGAUCUGGAGGAUGAGGCUAGUUUUAUUUUUUGCAGAUGUUUAAUUACGAAUCUGCUGUGUAAUAAUAAAUAAAUGAGACCUUUUAUAUCACGGCUCAGUAGU